AUGUUGGAUAAGUUUGGAUGGAAGAAAAAGCCGAAAAGUUUAAACUCAGAAACUCCAAAUAUGAGAAGAAAUGAAUCUCAAGUGAGCAUUGCUUCAGAAAGAUGGACUAGGAAUCCUUAUAUAAAACAGAAUCAUAUUGAACAUGCUGUUGAUAGUCCUGUUAAACCUAACGAUGAACCAGAACCGAAUCGUCCGAACAUUAUGCCGUUACCGGCAAGUAUCCCCUUGGCUGAUGAUCGUCUCCAAGACGUGAUUCUUCGAAACGAAAUCCGAAAAGAUUUCGCUAAGCGUCUACAUAAAUUGAAAAACUAUGAAAUCAUUCUCCUCUGCGAUGAUUCAGGUUCAAUGAACACGACUGUGGAUGGUUCCAAUCGAACACGAUGGGAUGAACUUCGAGACUUUGCCAAAAUUAUCUUAAAUGUUGGAACAAUAUUCGAUUCAUCCGGUGUCGACAUUUACUUUCUUAAUAGAGAAUCGAUUCUUAAUGUCAAGGAUCCUGACAAAGUCAAUGAAGUGUUUUCGAAACCACCUUACGGUUACACCCCGUUGGUGCCUGCUCUCAGAAAAAUCUUCCAGUUGCCAAUAACUCGGCUAAACAAUGAUAAAAAAGUGUUAGUAUUCGUUGCAACCGAUGGAGCCCCUACCAACGAUGAUGGAGAACCAAAUGUUGACGAACUUAAACAUCUGAUGAAUAUAGAACGUCGCAUAGACACAACCUUUGUGUCGUUUUUAAUCUGUACGGACGAUCCAACCUGUGUUGGAUAUCUACGUGAUUGGGAUAAGAUGAUGACGAAUGUCGAUGUAACGGAUGAUUAUAAAACAGAAAGAGAAAAUAUUGAAAAACUUCAAGAAGGAAAUUUUACGUUUACGAAAGGUGAUUAUAUUGUCAAGGCAUUGGUUGGUGCAAUCGAUAAGCAAAUUGAUGAUCUCAAUGAAAAGCGUGUGCAAUUUUAA